CAACAUUUGAUGUCCAUCUCCUCUCUGCUUAUUCUGACUUUCUCCCUUCAGUUUUUUCCUGCUCGAAGCGCCAAAACCACCCACCCCCUUCUCACAUUCUCUUCCUAUACAAGAAUAUCUUGUCAGCACUCUUCUUUUUCCUUUCUGUUUGUUUAACCCGGCCGCUUCCCUCCUCUACCCAGUAUUGGCUGUACGCGGCGGCGUUGCAGGAUCAAUGAAAGGAGUAGAUCAAGAACCUGAUAUUGAUCGGCUGCCCAUUGAUUUGUUGGCUCAAAUAUUUGCUCUCUUCACUUCCUUCAAGGAUUUGGCGCAGGCGAGCAGUGUGUGUAGGAAAUGGAGGCAGGCAGUGAAGGAAUCUCUGGCUUGGAGGGAAAGGCUGAGCUUUUCUGGGUGGAAAAUGGAUGAUGACUCCACUACGCGCCUCGUUCUCCUUGCUUAUACCCUCAAGGAGCUCGACAUAUCAAGAAGCCGUUGGAGUUGUCAGAUAACUGAUUAUGGACUGAAGCAAAUAUCUACCGCCAAAUGUAUUAGCAAUCUGUCUUCAGUUUCUCUGUGGGGCUCGACAGCAAUUACAGAUAAAGGAGUAGUUCAACUGAUUUCUAGAGCUGCUUCACUACAACACCUGAAUGUUGGUGGAACAUUUAUCACAGAUGCAUCCCUGUUUGCCGUUGCAGAUAGCUGUCCUCAUCUGAAGACAAUCGUUUUGUGGGGUUGUCGUCAUGUUACUGAGAAAGGUCUUCUUGUUCUUGUGAAUAAAUGCCACAAACUCGAGUCUAUCAAUGUAUGGGGAAUGCGAAUCCCUGCCUCCUGCUUCAUUGGCCUGCUGACGAUCAGUCCGGCUCUUCAAAUACAGCCCAAACGAGUGCUGUUAGAUGAUGAAAGGUUCUCUAUGUGGCCUGUCUAUUAGGGUACCAUGACCUUUUAUACAGACAUACAACUCUUUUCAUUCUGGGUAUUUAUCAAUUCAAAAACUGUUUCAUGUUCAUCCUUCAAUUCGCCAAUAAAGACAGUACAUAGGCUGCUUGUAUCACUUCAUCUCUGUAUUUAUAAAGUCAUUAUUGUGCGAGUGUUAGUUGCUCAGUUCAA